AUGGCACUUGCAAAACCAGUUGGCACACCUUUGGCACAGAAACAUGGUCUACAACUAGCAAUAGGAAACACAGUUGAUGCAUCAUUGUAUAAGAGUGUUGUAGGAAGUCUCCAAUAUCUGUGUCUAACUAGGCCUGAUAUAUCACAUGCAGUUAAUCUACUUAGCCAGUUUAUGCAGGCUCCAAACACUGAACAUUUUCAGGCUGUAAAGAGGAUUCUUAGAUAUGUGAGAGGGACAUCAAACUAUGGUCUGAAGUUGCCAGCUAGACCACCACUUAGAUUGUAUGGAUUCUCAGAUGCAGAUUGGGGAGGUUGUACAUUAACAAGGAGGUCAACCACAUGUUACUCAAUAUAUCUAAGUGCAAAUUGCAUCUUUUGGGCUUCUAGAAAGCAGCAUACGGUGUCAAGGUCCAGUGUUAAAGCAGAAUAUAGAGCACUAGCCUCAACAGCAGCUGAAAUGACUUGGAUAGUAUAG